AUGCUAGACAAACGUAUGGUUGGUGUUGUAGUCAACCCAGGCCCUAAUUUUUCCACGAACAUUGAAGAAGUUGACAUCCCAGAACCUGGACGUUAUGAGAUUCUCGUCAAAAUCAAUGCUUCCGGCCUCUGUUGCUCUGACAUUGGAUUGAUGGCGGAAGAAUUUCCAGUUCGAAUGUCUACCUUCAACUAUAGAACUCUUGGCUACAAAGGUGCCGGCAUUAUAGUCAAGCUAGGCUGUAAUGUGCAAAACUUGAAACUAGGCGACCGAGCUGGAAUAAAGCCAAUUCGCGAUAUUUGCGGCGCGUGCGAGUUGUGCUGGGGUGGACUUGAGAACUACUAUCGAAAUGCCAUUAUGAGUGGCGUCUCAGCUACAGGAGGCGGGGGUGUAGAGAUUCAGUGCGUACAAAUCGUCAAAGCUAUGGGGUUUCGACCAGUUGUUGUUAACUCUGGCCCCAAGAAGCAAGAGCUUUCAUUGAGUCGUGUAGCGGACGUUGUAGGUAUUUGUGAUGGCAUUGGGGCUCAUAGUGUUGCAGUAUUAGCGGCUGCAGCUUAUAAGAAUGCCGUUGGUUAUAUUGGCAGCAGAGUUAGAGCCACAGUAAUGUCUAUUAGUCUACGUGAGGACUGCCAUGGCACACAAAAAGAUGCUAUCGAGGUCCUGAACUUUGCUCGGAGGGGUCUUCUUCAAGAUAUGAGCGAAGUGAAGCCUCUGUCCAUGUUGCCACAGUCUGUAAAGGAUUUGCAAGCAGGUAAUGUGCCCAGGCGUACUGUCAUUAAAUUCAAUCUAUAA